CCCCGCGCAUGCGCCCUGUACUCUCUCCCUCUUUUAUGUCUCGCACUGUGGCCGCCUCCCGGUUUUGAGCAACACGGAACAACAAAUGUGAAAAAUUCAAACACAAACACUGUUUUUUAGUUUCCACACGCCCUUCUGUUUGAGUAUUCCCCUCGUCCCAUAAAUGAGCCAUGGCGGUGAACUUCGGCAAGAUCGUCGUGGGGAUUUAUGUGGAGAUAAAGCGCAGCGAUGAGCUGUUGGAUUUCUUACAGGGCGAAUACACCAGGCCAUGGUGACCUCUUUAAAUGAAGAUAAUGAAAGUGUUACCGUGGAAUGGAUAGAAAAUGGAGACACCAAAGGGAAAGAGAUUGAUUUGGAGUGCAUAUUCUCACUAAAUCCAGAUGUUGCUCCAGAAGAGGAGAUUUCCUUGAGUCCUGUUACACCACCGCCUCCUACACCCAGCUCUGUGAAAGUUAACAAAAUCCCUAAGAAUCGUAGAACUAUUGCACCGGGAAGGAGUGAAAUCCCAUCCAGAGACAACAGAGUUGGCUCAACUCGGGCACGACCGGCCCAACUGCAGCAGCAGCCAGAAUCAGCACCCCCUCCACCAGCACAACAACCCUCUCAGCCCACACAGAGCCAGACCCAAAGUCAGCUAGCUCAGCAACAAAACGCGAGGAGGAAGUCGAACUGUGUGAAGGAAGUGGAAAAAUUGCAGGAGAAGAGGGAACGACGACGGCUACAGCAACAGGAACUGAGAGAGAAGCGAGCACAGGAAAUUGAUACAACGAUUCCAAACUAUGAAAUACUUCAGAUGAUCAGAGACUUUAGAGCAAGUUUGGACUAUCGACCACUAACCACGACAGAUUUGAUUGAAGAGCACAGAAUAUGUGUUUGUGUGAGGAAACGACCCCUCAAUAAAAAAGAGCUGACGGUAAAGGACCUAGAUGUGAUCACUAUUCCAAGUAAAGAUGUUGUCAUGGUUCAUGAACCAAAACAGAAGGUGGACCUGACUCGAUACCUAGAGAACCAAACAUUCCGUUUUGAUUAUGCCUUUGAUGACAGCACGACAAAUGAAAUGGUUUACAGGUUUACUGCAAGACCUCUUGUGGAAACCAUCUUUGAUAGAGGAAUGGCCACAUGCUUUGCUUAUGGCCAAACAGGAAGUGGAAAAACUCACACCAUGGGUGGAGAUUUUUCAGGAAAGAACCAGGAUUGUUCUAAAGGAAUCUAUGCAUUAGCUGCUCGAGAUGUUUUUCUCAUGCUGAAGAAACCAAAUUAUAAGAAGCUGGAUCUUCAGGUUUACGCAACGUUCUUUGAAAUUUACAGUGGAAAGGUAUUUGAUCUGUUGAAUCGGAAGGCUAAGCUGCGUGUGCUAGAAGAUGGAAAGCAGCAAGUGCAAGUGGUUGGGCUUCAGGAACGUGAGGUCAAAUGCACUGAGGAUGUCCUCAAACUCAUUGAAAUGGGGAACAGCUGCAGGACAUCAGGUCAGACCUCAGCCAAUGCCCACUCAUCCCGUAGCCAUGCCGUCUUCCAAAUCAUACUACGAAGGAAGGGCAAGAUGCACGGCAAAUUCUCACUCAUUGAUCUGGCGGGUAACGAACGUGGAGCAGACACGUCUAGCGCUGAUCGGCAGACUCGUUUGGAGGGAGCCGAAAUCAACAAGAGUCUGUUGGCUCUAAAGGAAUGUAUCAGAGCUCUGGGCCGGAAUAAGCCUCACACCCCAUUCAGAGCAAGCAAGCUCACACAGGUCCUCAGAGACUCAUUUAUCGGUGAGAACUCCAGGACAUGCAUGAUCGCCACCAUCUCUCCUGGUAUGGCCUCCUGUGAGAACACGCUGAACACUCUGAGAUAUGCCAACAGAGUAAAGGAGUUUGGGAUUAGCCCCUCUGACAUCCCCUUCUCUCAGGGGGGAGGAAGUCGCUCUGAACCCUCUCCUACCUAUGAAGUGAAGGAGCUGACUGUGGAUCCCAAUGCUGUGACAGAGGGAGUCCGCCCCAAUGUCAACGCCAUCAACCAGCUGGACAUCAUGGAUGAGGAUUGGGAGUUGGGCAACUCCCCUCAGAGAGAUGACCUCAAACUGCUCUGUGAACAGAAUGAAGAGGAAGUCUCCCCUCAGCUCUUCACGUUCCAUGAGGCAGUGUCUCAGCUGGUGGAGAUGGAGGAGCAGGUUUUGGAGGACCACAGGGCUGUGUUUCAGGAGUCUAUCAGGUGGCUUGAGGACGAGAAGGUUCUCCUGGAGAUGACUGAGGAGGUGGAUUAUGACGUGGACACCUACUCCUCUCAGCUCGAGCAGAUUCUUGACCAGAAGAUUGACAUACUUAUUGAGCUCCGAGAUAAAGUGAGGUCAUUCCGUUCUACACUCCAAGAGGAGGAACAAGCCAGCAAGCAGAUUAACCCCAAGCGGCCUCGCGCGCUGUAGCCUGGAUCACACUCGCGGAGGAACAACAAAUACAAGAGUCCUGUAGGCUUCUUGAUAGUACUCAGAAGUAUUCUGAAGAAACUCUUUCCUACUUUCACAUGUGAAAUAAAGCGUUAGGUAAUUCUCUUACAAAUCAGCAGAGGAUAAAUAAGGGGAUUUUGCUCAUCAUUAAAACCCUUGAUGAAUGAUUAAGAUUCUGAGGAAAGUUUUAGAUUUUUUUUUUUUUUUUUUUAAAUUAGUAUCAAUAUAUUUAUUUACUUUUUCAUUGUAGGUUAAGGGUAUAGACUUGUAUCAGUUGAUACUCACAUGUUCUACCCUUUGGGUUUUUUAGUUGGACCACUGAAAUCCUUCCUUCGAAGUUGUUCUAAAUUGUAUGCAUGAACACUCGGCAACAGAUUAUCACUCCGUUCCCAGCAUGACUGACUUGGUUCAUCUGCACUUUAAAUAACCUUGUUUUCUGGGGGGUCCGUUUACCGUUCUUGGCACGGUGUAGGUGUCUGAUGAUUGGCUGUUACAGCAUUUUACUCUGUUUCACCUUGCCAUUUUUUGAAGGCAUACUAACUGAAGUUUAAGAUGUUCUCAAAGAAGCAUUUAAUGCACUGGGAGAAAAAUGUUGAGGUUAUGUGAAUGAAUGUGAGAAUUUUGUUGGUUUCUUAAAGACCGCUGUCCCUUUUUCACACAAUAUUCUCUUCGCCGUCUCUCUCGUCCGUUUAUCUGUAGAAUGCUUUUGUGCCAUAUCAUGUUUCCUUGUGGAAAGGAAGUUAACAGUCCACCAAAACACUCAUCCCUUAGUGUUUUACUUUUAAAACUUCCCAUCAUUCUCACUUCGCCUAUACAAAUUUGUAAAGUGUAUUAAAUUACAGCAAGAUUCUCAUAACAAAUAGGGAAUACCACUUCUUCGCUGCUGUUUUCAGUGUUGGCACCUCUCAACUCAGUGGUUGCUAAAUAAAGAAUGAUUCAACAAAA